GUUAGACACAAAGAUGUACGAUGGAGGACAAAACCAACACAGCGGGAUGGGGGGUUACGGGAACGCUGGCAGCUACGAUAAUGGUUAUGGCGCGAACACAGGCGGUAUCGGGUACAACGGGAAUACAGGUGGAGGGACGGGAGGCAAUGCGGGAGGAUACGCAGGGGGCGCCUCAGGCGGAAAUGGCAGAAUGGGGGGUAGGCAACCCCCGACGUGCUACACAUGCGGCAAGCCGGGUCAUUAUUCCCGGGACUGUUGGAUGAAACGGGGACGACAAGACGACAACGAGCUGGAAGAGAUAAGACAACAACAUAGGAUGAUGAUGCAGGAGAGACCUGAGGAGGAAGAGAGAAGAAGGGCGGAGGAACAGAGGAGACUGCAGGAGGAGAACGAGAGAAGAUGCGAGCAGGAUAUGGUCCGACGAACAGAGGAAAUCAGACUGCAGUUAGAGGCGGGACUUGAGGAGAAGUGGCGGCAACAGACAAGGCAGGCGGUAGAAGCGGCCGCGGCGGUGAAGGCCAAAGCGGAAGAGGCAAGAGCCGGGGCGGAAGAAGCGCAUGCCAAGGCGGAGGAAGCACGAGCGAAGUUUGAGAAAGCGAGAGUCGGGAAGGCAAAGAUGUGCGCACGCAGGACGCGUGAUACACCGUCGAGUUCGAGUAGAAAACGAACAAGACAAUACGAGUCGGAGGAUGUGACCUCCGAGGACUCUGAAACGGAGGAUGACACCACUGACUCGGAAGAAGAGCUAAGGAGGACUAUUGAACGUUUGAAGAAGGAGAAAAGAGCACGGAAGUCGGGGAAGGGGGGAAGAUUGAAGAAGCGGGAGAAUUUAGCAAAGGAGAAAACACCUUUCAAGACACCUGACAAGAAUGUUCGAAAGGGAAGGCACAAAUGAGGAGUAAUCACGAGGACAUGGAAGACGUUUUGAGAAAUACGAACGAUAUUGGGGGCGGGUUCGAGGAACCUUGGGACGAUGAUAAUCAAUGUGGGGGAUCACC